GCGCCUGCUCAGUGAGCCCGGGUGGGCGGCAGUGUGCCGGCUGCUCGGCUUCUGAGCUUCCGUAGGGCUUGGCGAGGAAUGGAGCCGGUGGGCGGCGGCGGCUCCUCCUCCACCGACCCGCGAAGUACCUUCGUGCUGAGUAACCUCGCGGAGGUGGUGGAGCGUGUGUUCACCUUCCUGCCCGCCAAGGCACUGCUGCGGGUAGCCGGAGUGUGCCGCCUAUGGAGGGAGUGUGUUCGCAGAGUGCUGCGGACCCACCGCAGUGUGACCUGGAUCUCCGCAGGGGUGGCGGAGGCCGGCCACCUGGAAGGACAUUGCUUGGUCCGCGUGGUAGCAGAGGCGCUUGAGAAUGUUCGCAUCUUACCACGAACUGUCCUCUACAUGGCAGAUUCUGAAACUUUCAUUAGCCUGGAGGAGUGCCGUGGCCAUAAAAGAGCGAGGAAAAGAACUACCAUGGAGACAGCGUUUGCCCUCGAGAAGCUGUUCCCCAAGCAGUGUCAGAUCCUUGGGAUUGUGACCCCGGGAAUUAUAGUGACGCCAAUGGGAUCAGGUAACAACCGACCUCAGGAAAUAGAAAUUGGAGAAUCUGGUUUUGCUUUAUUAUUUCCUCAAAUUGAAGGGAUAAAAAUUCGGCCCUUUCAUUUUAUUAAGGACCCCAAGAAUUUAACACUCGAACGACAUCAGCUUGCUGAAGUGGGUCUUCUGGAUAACCCUGAGCUUCGCGUGGUCCUUGUCUUUGGCUAUAACUGCUGUAAGGUGGGAGCCAAUAAUUACUUGCAGCGAGUGGUCAGCACUUUCAGCAAUAUGAACAUCAUCCUGGCUGGAGGCCAGGUGGACAACUUGUCUUCACUGACUUCUGAGAAGAAGCCUCUGGAUAUUGAUGCCACGGGUGUGGUUGGACUGUCGUUUAGUGGACAGCGAAUCCAGAGCGCCACAGUUCUCCUCAGUGAGGAUGUGACUGAUGAAAAGACGGCUGAGGCAGCCAUGCAGCGUCUCAAAGCCGCCAACAUCCCUGAAGAGAACACCAUUGGCUUCAUGUUCGCAUGCGUGGGCCGGGGCUUUCAGUACUACAGAGCCAAGGGCAACGUAGAAGCCGACGCCUUUAGGAAGUUUUUUCCCAGCGUCCCCUUAUUCGGUUUCUUCGGAAAUGGGGAGAUUGGAUGUGACCGGAUAGUCACCGGGAACUUCAUACUGAGGAGGUGUAAUGAAGUAAAGGAAGAGGACCUGUUCCAUAGCUACACGACCAUCAUGGCGCUCGUUCACCUGGGGGCCUCGAAAUAGGACGUCUUGUGGAGACUGGCUCUCACAGGAUGGAACUUUCAGAAAAAUGGAAACUUGGGAUAUAAGUAUUUUAAAACCAAACUAGCUCCUUGUGCUUUGUAGCUUUGGUGCUCUGAGAUCAUGUUGGGUGAGUUUAAAUACAUAGAUGAAGGACAGCUUUGUUCACAGAUCAGAAAGUGGGAGGAGGCCACCAGGAGGAUCAGUAACCUGAUGAACAUGUAGCAGAAUCAUGACUUUAUUUUCCCUUAAAGGCGAAAAUUAAAGAGAUGUUGGAGUCUUUUUUCCUGCUUUUCAGUUUUCUCAGGAGCUGUAACAAAUUUACUGACUUUUUACUUUUCUGAUGAAGAACUACCUUUGUUUUUUACUAUAUAAAGUUGUUCUCGUAGGUAAGUUAGCAUUUUCCUCUUCAUGGUAAAGAGACUGUAAGGGAACAAUCUUUUUCACAUAGUCCUGAAAAUUAUAUCACCAUAUUUUGGUUUUAUACCAAUAAAAUACACUUGAAAACCCA